AUGAAUCGAGGAGGCACUCAGACCCUCGUGAUAUCGCGGUCUCAAUCUCCACAGGAUCUAGGGUCUGCUGCUGACGAAUAUCUGGCCCCGUCACCAACCCACCACCUGAACGCUCUGCAAAACCACACGAUGUCAACCCAUUCCACAUUUACUGCAGAACCAUCAGAGACAUCAUCCCGUUUUCCCGGACAGCCGAGUACACUAACAAAGGAUGAAGAGCUGGGAGAACCCGAGGCAACGCCCACGGCAACAGAGAUCAGUACAGUGGAUACGGGAUUGACGACAACCUCUGCACACGUCAUUCAAGAGUUACUGCAGCGGAUAGCCAUCUUGGAGAAUGAGGUUCUAACCCCUGAGACUUUAUCUAAACUAAUAGAUAAUAAGGAUACCGUGCUAUCUCUCAUACGUAGAACAAGGCUAACAGGCACAAUGUAA